GGCAAAACCGUCAUCGUCAUUGGCGCCAGUGGAGGUCUUGGCCUCGAAGCAGCCCGUCACUAUGUCCGUCUGGGGGCAUCUCGAGUGAUUCUGGGAGUUCGGUCCAAGAGCAAGGGCGAGGCGGCCAGGCAAAACAUCAUGUCCAGUCUCAAGCCGGAACAAGCCGAAGCAUGUACAGUUGACGUCUGGCUUAUUGACCUGGCAUCCUUUGAGUCAGUCAAGGCCUUUGCAGACCGAGCAACAACUGAACUUUCAGCAAUCGACAUUGCCCUGCUUAAUGCCGCCGUCGACAAAGCUCAGUUUGGAUUGACAAAGGACGGCUGGGAAGAGACGUUGCAAGUCAAUGCUUUGGCGACGACGCUCUUAGCGCUACUGCUUCUUCCAAAAAUGCGGCAAUCGUCACGGCCAGACUGGAAGCCAUGCCUAAGUAUCGUUGCUUCGAGAGGACACCAAAGGGUUCCGGAUGGCGAGCCCUGGCAGGACGCCCCAAAUUGCCUAGAAGCACUGAACAAGAAGGAAAACUUUGGGGGGGUGGCCAACAGAUACUGUGUUUCCAAACUGGUCCUCAUUUACGCAGUUCGCGAAAUUGCGAAGCUUGCCCUCUCGCCUAAUGGCGAACCAGACGUGGUGGUGAAUUAUUCAUGCCCAGGAGCGUGUAAGUCGGAUCUCGGUCGGGAGUCGACUUCUGCGGGCCAGCGGCUCGGGUUUGCUCUUAUCCAGGCGACGAUCUGCAAGACGACGGAGGAAGGCUCGCGGACGCUUGUCGUUGCGAGUGGACUUGGUCCGGAGAGUCACGGGCUGUGGUAUCACAAGAACAAGAUUGCAGAACCAGGCAUAUUAGUGACGAAUGAGAAGGGAAAGAAGCUUCAGGCAAAGAUCUGGAAUGAAAUGAUGGGAAUUCUAGCGCCACACGGCGUCGAGGUAAACUCAAAGCAUUAA